CAAAAGUAAUGGGAGAAAUUAGUAGUAGUAGUGGCGGUGGUGGUUCACUUGAAAGUACACCAACUUGGGCUAUCUCCACUUUUGUUUUCUUCUUCUUUUUCUUAGCUUUUAUCAUUGAAACUUCUCUCCACCACCUUGCUCAGUUUCUCACGAGGAAGAGAAUCAAAUCGUUCGAGAAAGGUUUGCGAAAGAUCAAAACAGAAAUGAUGAAGAUGGGGUUUAUGUCGUUGCUUCUUGAGUUCUUGGAAUCAUCCAUACCAAAUAUAUGUGUGAGCAAAAGGGUGGCAAAAUCAUUUCUUCCUUGUAAAGAUAUUGCUAUGGAGUACUUGUCCAUGGAACCAGUUGUUUUCACUUUAAAAAAUCAAAGUUUAGGUUUUGAUUCACCCACAAACCUUCCUCUACUCAAUUCAGAGGAAAUUGACCAUUGUGACUCAAAGGGAAUGGUCUCUUUGAUGUCAAGGGAAGGAAUUUCGCAGCUGAAUUUAUUAAUUUCUGUAUCGGCUGUGUCUCAUGUUCUCUAUUGUAUCUUCACAAUGUGUUUAGGGAUUGCCAAGAUAAGAAAAUGGAAAGCAUGGGAGAAGGAGACUCAAGCUCUUGAUUAUCAGAUUACCAAUGAUCCAAGGAGGUUUAGACUCACACGUCAAACAUCUAUUGGAAAAAGACAUCUAAAUUUCUAUGCCUCUCAUCCACUCCUAAUUUGGCCUGUUUGCUUCAUAAGGCAAUUCAGUGGCUCCGUUUCAAAAUCUGAUUAUUUCACUCUACGCAAUGGCUUCAUUGUGUCCAACAUUGCUGGAGGAUCUGAAUUCAAUUUCCAAAAGUUUCUUCAUAGAGCUUUUGAUCAUGAUUUUGUGCAAGUUAUUCAAAUCAGAUUCUGGAUAUGGAUUUUCUCUAUACUGUUAAUAUUCUUCAGUGCACAUGAGUUCUACAACUAUUAUUGGCUCCCUUUCAUCCCAUUAGUGAUUGUAGUAACUGUGGGAACAAAGCUGGAAGUGAUUAUAACAAAAAUGUGUGUAGAAAGUAGCAAAAGGAAGCCUGUGAGCAGUGGAGCAUUUGUAGUGAAGCCUCAUGAUCGACUAUUUUGGUUUAGUAAACCCAGCUGGCUUCUCUAUCUAAUUCAGUUCGUUCUAAUUCAGAACUCAUUUCAGGUGGCAUUUUUCACGUGGACAUGGUUUGAGUUUGGGAUAAAAUCAUGCUUCAGUAGAAGGAAUGGCGAUAUUGCAAUCAGGAUUGGAAUGGGCAUUGGAGUUCAGUUGCUUUGUGGAUAUGUCACCCUCCCUCUUUAUGCUCUUGUCACUCAGAUGGGAACAAGGCCGAAGAGAACAGUAUUCACAGACGGCAUAGUUGAAGGGCUAAAAAAGUGGCAAAAAAUGUCAAAACGAAGCCUUUCCAAAAAGGCAUUCACUUCAAAAUCAACUUAUUAUUUUCAUUCUCAAGGUGACGGUCAUUACCAAAUGAAGGACAAAGAAGCAAAUAAAUCAAAGCAAGGAGGAUGUAAGAACGAUGGUUCUAAUGAAGCCAUCGUUAGUGAGUUUUCUUCUACUUCACAAAGAAACACCCAAAACGAAAACCCUAGCGAAGGAAUGAAACCAAACUAUGAUGGGGAGAUCUCUUUUGCCAGCACUUGGAAACAAAUAGAGAUUAAUUGAGUUGGGUUGGAGAACAAUCUCAUAAUCCUCUCUAUAGUUACUUUCUUAAAUGUAUAUAAUAUAUGUAUUAGAUAUAUCAUCGUUAAAUAAAAAAUCAAGCAUGUCUUAGUCUUUACAAUUAAA